AUGAAUUAUUGCAUUGUGGCAUUUGCGAUCGUCUUCAUCAUCAGUAUGAUAACUUGGAUCUUCGAUGGCCGGAAGAACUACACCGGACCAAAGGUGGAGAUGGACGACGAUGUCCUGGUCGCCACACAGACUGUCGAGUCUUCAUCUUCGCCCGAGAGGGGUGAGUGGAACGGCAAGGGCUCUGAUGGCAAGCCCGUGGUAUGA